CGGCGGUCACGUUCACCAACCCACUCAAGACGUGACCGUGACCGUGAUCAUCAUUCCAAACGCCGAAGUCGAUCUCCAGCUCCAGUACAACUGCCCUUGAACGCGCGUGCUCUUGUCAAACAUGAUUUGAAACAGUUCAAACGAUUGUUCGCCCUAUACCUUGAUAUUCAGAAGCAGAUCGACAUAUAUGAAUUGGACGAGACUGAGAUCAAAGGUAGGUGGAAGUCAUUCAUGGGCAAAUGGUUAGNNAAUCGCGCCGAGCUAGCAGAAGGCUGGUAUGACCCUGUGACCAAGGAGAAAGCCGACCGCGCUGCUUCUGAAGCAAAGACCACGCGCCGCAGUCCGCCGUCGAGAAAGCAACCAGAACAAGACCAUCGCCAGCAUGAUCAACAAGCAGCUGCGGACCAGAACGAUAGCGAUGACGAAUAUGGGCCUCCACUGCCGACUAAUGCAAGUCGUGUUGGACCUACAGUACCAUCCAUCCAAGAUCUCCAAUACAGAAAUGGUAGGCUUCAAUGUNAACUUGCCGAGGAAGACGAUCUCGCUCGCCGACAAGACCUACGUUUCGACCGCAAGAUGGACCGCAAACUACAAAAGGAGCGCUUAGNNAAGAACUCAACCCACGCGCCGAACCCCGGCUCGCGCGAACGUCAACUCGAAAAGAAGCGCGAGAAAGCUGUCGCCAAUCGUGCCUUCCGGGAGGAAAAAUCUCCAGGAGCCGAGGAAGUUGGCGAGAGUGACCUCAUAGGCGGCGAGGAUGGCAUCAAGGCUCAUAUCCAAGCCACC